AUGGACGGACUGAAGCAGACAUUCCGGCGGUGCAAGGCCGAGAAGCGAUCGGCAUUGGUGACCUAUGUUACUGCCGGUUUCCCCAAGGCCGAGGACACGCCAGCUAUCAUGCUGGGCAUGCAAAACGGUGGUGCAGACGUCAUAGAACUCGGUGUCCCCUUCACAGAUCCCAUCGCCGACGGCCCUACCAUCCAGACCGCCAACACCGUUGCACUGAAAAAUGGUGUUACCGUCCGCUCCGUACUGCAAAUGGUUCGCGAUGCCAGGAAACAAGGAGUCACAGUCCCCGUGCUGCUGAUGGGCUACUACAACCCCUUGUUGUCGUAUGGCGAGGAGAACCUGCUCAGGGACUGCAAGGAGGCCGGCGUCAACGGAUUCAUCAUCUGCGACCUGCCACCCGAGGAGGCCGUUUCCUUCCGCAAAUUCUGCAGCAGCGGUGGCCUUAGCUACGUUCCUUUGAUUGCCCCCGCCACCAGUGAUACCCGUAUGCAGCUUCUCUGCCGCCUCGCCGACAGCUUCAUCUACGUUGUUUCGAGACAAGGUGUUACCGGUGCACAGGGCUCCCUGAACGCAGGCCUCCCCGCCCUCGUCGCGAGAGUCAAGAAGUACAGCGGAGACAAGCCCGCCGCUGUUGGAUUCGGUGUUUCCACUCGGGAUCACUUCAAGAGCGUCGCUGAGAUUGCUGAUGGUGUCGUUAUUGGUUCUCAGAUCGUCAGCACACUCCAGAAGGCCGAGGCUGGCAACGGCCCCAAGGCCGUCGAGGAGUACUGUGCUUACGUUUCUGGUCGCGAUGCCUCGGCCCAAGACGAGCACACCCGUGAAGUCGGCAUCAUCGAGGCCAUCAACGCUGCCAAGGAGCCCGAAGAGGCGCCCACCGUCGAGGCUGUCAUUACUGACCACGACCACGACACCACCGACUUUGUGUCCAAGCUUGGUACCGUCAUUCCCGACCGUUUCGGUGAGUUCGGCGGACAGUAUGUUCCCGAGUCUCUGAUGGACUGUUUGUCAGAGCUCGAGAACGGGUUCAACGCCAUCAAGGACGACCCCCAGUUCUGGGAGGAGUACCGCAGCUACUACCCCUGGAUCGGUCGCCCAGGGCACUUGCAACUUGCUGAGCGCUUGACCGAGUAUGCUGGAGGUGCAAACAUCUGGCUGAAGCGAGAGGAUCUGAACCACACUGGUUCGCACAAGAUCAACAACGCCCUGGGUCAGAUUCUGUUGGCCAAGAGAUUGGGCAAGACCAAGAUCAUCGCCGAGACUGGUGCCGGACAACACGGUGUAGCUACCGCGACUGUUUGCGCCAAGUUCGACAUGGAGUGCACUGUCUACAUGGGUGCCGAGGAUGUUCGCCGCCAGGCCCUGAACGUCUUCCGCAUGCGCUUGCUUGGAGCCAAGGUGGUUGCUGUCGAGGCCGGGUCCAAGACACUCCGUGAUGCCGUCAACGAGGCCAUGCGCCAGUGGGUGACCGACCUUGACAGCACACACUACAUUAUCGGAUCGGCUAUUGGUCCUCACCCCUUCCCGACCAUCGUGCGAACCUUCCAAUCGGUCAUCGGAAACGAGACCAAGCAGCAGAUGCAGGAGAAGCGUGGCAAGCUGCCCGAUGCCGUCGUCGCCUGCGUUGGUGGUGGAUCCAACGCCGUGGGUAUGUUCUACCCCUUCAGCAACGACCCUAGCGUGAAGCUUCUGGGUGUCGAGGCAGGUGGUGAUGGUGUCGAUACCGCAAGACACAGUGCCACUCUGUCGGGAGGUACCAAGGGUGUCCUGCAUGGUGUCCGCACCUACGUGCUCCAGAACGAGCACGGACAGAUCUCGGACACUCACUCGGUAUCUGCUGGUCUUGACUACCCCGGUGUCGGUCCCGAGCUGGCUUCCUGGAAGGACAGUGAGCGCGCCAAGUACGUCGCCGCCACUGACGCAGAGGCUUUCCUCGGCUUCAAGUUGCUGUCGCAACUCGAGGGUAUCAUCCCUGCCCUGGAGAGCGCCCACGGUGUCUUUGGUGCUAUCGAGCUGGCCAAGACCAUGAAGAAGGGCGAGGAUCUUGUCAUCUGCCUCAGUGGCCGUGGUGACAAGGAUGUACAAAGCGUGGCAGACGAGCUGCCUAUCAUUGGACCCAAGAUUGGCUGGGAUCUGCGUUUCUAG